UUGUACCUUCCUCCCUACCUUAUGCGUGCCCAGAUGCUUCAUACGCUCGAGCAGUAGCUGACUUCCUUGGCUCGUGGCCAGAGAAAACGCCUCUGAGUGAGCCAAGACUUCCGAACAUUCAUCCCAUCGACCUUGUCACCUCUCAACAGAAGCACUCCAUCAUCGUAUCAUGCCCCCGCGAGCACGGAAGAGAAGAGCAUCUGCUACGGAGAGCAACGGUACCGAAGAUGCACCUCCCAGGAAGACAACCAGGGCUCCCAGAAAACCAGGUGCGAGGGGAACAAACCAACGCAGGGGCAAGAAUUUUAUGCGCGCAACGAACGCUUCUUCCAACAAGAGGCGAAAGGUUUUCUCUGGUGAAGCCAAGAGCCGGAUCAAGAAACACUGUUCCGACUUUGUGAAGUUCAUCGAUAAGGAGACUCAUACACUGGUUCCUCGAAUUGGCAUCGAAAUAUUGAAGAAAGAUAUCUCUCCUGAUCUUGCAGGCGUUCUUCCCUGGACGAGUUCUUCCUCGGCUCUGCAGAGACAGAGCAUCCAACCUUACCCAAAGAUGAUUCUCAAAGCACUCGACAAUUUACAGAGUGAUGUUAGGAACUACGAAGGUCUAGUCAAACAAGACAACAAGAUCCGAGCACCGAACUGGAUGCGCUGGCAACAAGAUAUCAAUGACCUGGAGGAUGUGAGCAAGCACAGUCUUGCGAUAGCUUCGAAGAUGAUCCAUCAUUUCAUUAUGCCUGAUUCACACGAACUUCCUCCCAAACCAUCUGAGGGCGCCGGCGGGGUUGAACAUGUAGCAUGGGACCUGAUUGAGGAGGCUCUACCAAAGAUGCCUGAUGAUAUAUGGGGAAAGAUUGCGCAGGGUCAUCUGAAGGCGUUUACUGGGGUGUUGAAAGUGCUAUCAACUGAAAACUGAAGGAUGAUUUAACGGCAUUAAUAAUCAAUUGUGAUGGCUUGGAAGAGAUCAUAUGAAAUAACUUAGUUGUCUCUAGGAGUGCAGCGCAAGACAUAAACCAAUUGAGUAGCUACAGAUACACAGUUUUACGAA